AAAGGAAAACAAAAAUGAAAUCGUGAAGUCGUUUUAUUUCCAUAAAACUGAAUUAAGAGACUUAAUAAAUAUAUUUAUUGAAUUACAAACUGCGUGGACAAUAAUAAGGGCUACACUAUUAGUUAGGAAUCGACAAUACAAACCGAAUUGCAUUAUGUCGGACUCGGUCCAAGUCCAAAUAAAAGAAGAGCCUCAUUCAGACGAUGACAACACAGUCGAGUCAGCACAGUUUGCCGAGAAAGUAAUUAAAUGUGAGCCGCUAGAGAUUGAGAUAACGCCUGAUGUGCCGGACGAUGUAGACGAUCCACUGGGCGCAGAUCUUGACACAUGCCACCAAGGAUCAACAUCCGCAACCAAUGAAGAACAGGAAAGAAGCUGGAACAUAGAAAUAUCUUCAGCGAAGCUAUACACUUGCACCAUUUGCAAAAAAACCUUCGAUAUUCUAGAUCACUUAAUAGCACACAGGCGAGCUGAACAUGUGACGGAUGUGAAAGAAAAAUCUGUCUCCUGUGACUGGUGUGAUAAGAAGUUUCGAAGAAACUGUGAAUUAAAUAAACACAUACGCGUUCACACUAGAGAGAGACGCUUCGGCUGCGACUUAUGCGAGAAAAGAUUCAUCCGUAAAGAGGAAUUACAACUUCAUAGACAGUUACAUUCUGGAGAGAAGCCUUUUUCAUGCGAUGAAUGUGAUAAACAAUUUGCUGUCAAACAAUAUCUAACGAGGCAUAAACUAACGCAUAAACAAGAAAAUUAUCCUUGCGAUGAAUGUGGAAAAGUUUUCACUGUCAAAAAGUACCUAAACGUCCAUAAGCGUACUCAUAGUGGCGAGAAACCAUUCGUGUGCGAGAUAUGUGAUAAACAGUUCACAUUAAAAGUUAAUUUAAAUAAUCAUAGAAAUAUACACACUGGUAGCCGGCCGUUCUUUUGUGAAGUAUGUCAGAAACAGUUUGCGCAGUUAAGUUGCUUGAUCACGCAUAGAAAGAUACACACUGGUGAAAAGCCAUAUGCUUGCGAUAUCUGCGGGAAGCAGUUUACUUUGAAGUGGCUGCUGGGGAGACAUAAAGAUGUACACGCGCAGAUUACGUAUCCUUGUGACGUUUGUCAGAAGACUUUUACGCAAAAGCGCAGUUUGGCCGUUCAUCAAAAAUUGCGUUGUGAAAAAUCGUGAUCGAUUUGCAGACAUUUUUAGUGACCGCCCAAGUGGCCAAAUUUAAAACAGUACAUCAUAGAAAUAAGGAUGUGUUGCGAUAUUUUUGGUCACUAUGGCUGUAACUAUAUUUUGAUGCUGACUACAGAACAGACACAUCUUUAACUGUAUUAAAUAGAAAGGAAUGGGCAGUCUGUCUCACACUGCCUUUCAUGCAUCGAAAUGGCAAUUUAAAUUCGCAUUUUUUCGUCUGAUUUUGAUAAAAUUUGGUGAAUAGAUAAGGUUUCCCUAUUCUGUACCUACAAUAUAAGCGCAAUACCUUCCUCCGAGUUACGAUAACGUACGGUAUUUUCUUAACUCGGCGUAAAAAUUAAUUAUAGCCGGUACAAACAACUUUGUCAGUAGAAAAAGGCGCGAAAUUCAAUUUUUCUAUGGGACGAUAACCCUUGGCGCCUACAUUUUUUAAAUUUGCCGCUUUUUUAUACUGACGGAAAUAGCUUAAUAGACUUUAUUUACAUUUUUUUGUACAAAUUGUGAUUUUGUAUUUAUUCCGGCCAGAAUGAGGAGCUCUUUAUACAAAAGUACCAAAUUUUAUUAAAAUGCUACGAAAAAAAAUCGCCGACAAAUAAAAAUA